UUAGAGAAAAGCGAGCACUCAAAACUCUAUCACUACCAAAAAGUAUAGAAAAAGCCAUACCCAAUAGAGAAAUAAAUAUAAUCAAUUUAAAAAUAUUAAAGGCAGCAAUAAAAUAUAAAUAUAUAGCGAUUACCAAAAUAAAAAAGAAACUCAGGAAACUAGGCAUCAAACAAGAUAUUCACUUGGAAAGACCCGAAAAAAGAAAACUGGAUAAUUACGAAGAAAAGAAAAUUACACGGCUAAGCAAUAGAUUUGAAUACCCGAGACCCCGUGAAAUCAAAAAGUGGAAAGACAACUUAGUGAUAAACAAAACCGACGUAGAGAUACCAACAAAUAUAUUAAAAAUACUACAAACUGGAUUAGACUUUAACGGCCCAAACCGAUGGGACAAACUAGACAUCAUAUCGCACCUAGAUUAUAUAUGUAGCAAAGUAACCCCCCCAGAGGAUCACAACGAUAUAAAAAUAGAAAUUAGCAACAAAUUAAAAAAUUAUGUAAAAAACGAAAAUAGAGGGAAAAAAAUUACUGAAAAAUCGUACGUCAAAUAUAAAGACAGUAUGGCACAACUACAAACCUACUUAAUAGCAAAUAACAUAGAUAUCAUAAAAGCAGAUAAAUCCAAGCAGAUUAUCAUAGUGAAACAGGAAUGGAUCCAAACCAAAAAAUCAGAAAUAGUUAAUAGCGAGCCUUUCAGAGAACUACCAAUAGACCCAAAAGAAAUCAUUUAUGUUGAACUCAAAAAACGAAUAAAUAAGCAAUUUCAACUAAAAAACAUAGAAAGAGAAGACAAACAGUAUAUUCUAGCAAACGAAAAUAGCAGAACUCCUAAGCUAAACAUACAACUAAAAACACAUAAGCCAGGCGAACAAAUAAGACCCGUCGUCGACUUCAAAAACUCAACCCUAUAUAAUUUAGAAAAAUACUUAAAACGUGAAUUACAAAAGUACAAUAAUUCGGAAUACUCCAUCAAGCACGCAGACGAACUUAUACAUGACAUGAAAAAUAUAAAAAUGAGCAAAAAUUACAGACUCGCAAGCCUAGAUAUAAUAAACAUGUACCCUUCGAUAACCUGGAACCUAAUAGAAAGUACACUAAAAAAGAUUGAAGCAAAGGAAGAGGUAAUGGAUCUAAUAGAAUUCGCAUACAGGAGCAACUAUUUCGAAGUCAACAAUAAGUUCUACACGCAACGGUCAGGCAUAAGCAUGGGAUCAGUUAUAGGACCGAAGCUAGCAGAACUUGUCAUGGUAGAUAUAGACCAAGCAAUCAAAAAGUUUACAGGCAUAAAGUUCUAUAAACGAUACGUGGAUGACAUAAUUAUACUAUACGACCAAGAAUUAACAAAAUUAGAAGAAAUAGAAGAAAAAAUAAACAAAUUAAACGAUAACAUCAAAUUCAAGGUAGAAAAUGAGGCAAACACAGAAAUAAAUUACCUCGACAUAAAAAUAAUCAGGAAAGAAAACAGGAUCGAAUUCGAGCCAUACACAAAACCAUGCGAGAUCAGGAAAGUGCUAAACUACAACUCAAACAUCCCACAGUACAUAAAAGAAAACAUAUUCAUCAUGGAAUAUAAAAAGAUCGAGAACAGAACAAGCUCACUACCGACGAAGGAAAAACACCUCAACGAACUGCGAACAAAAUUCCUACUAAACGGCUAUCCAAAACGAAUGCUAAACAACUGGGAAAGGAAAAUGAACAACAAAAGGCUGGUAAAUAAACAAAACGAUAGAAACACCGUAAGAUACAUACCCUUCCCUUACAUCCGUGGCUUCUUUGAACAAGUAAACAAAAGCUUUGAAAAAAUAGAUAUAAAGCUAGCCCCAACCUAUAACAACCUGCAAAAAAGAAUCCGGAAGACUGUACCCGACAGAAAUAAACAACCAGACAAAUACAGCACUACCGAAGUCGUCUAUAAAAUACCUUGCACAUGCGAACCCCCAAAAGUAUACAUCGGUGAAACAAAAAGAAAAUUAGAAACAAGACUAAAAGAACACAUCGCAGACCUGAAGUAUAACAGAAUCAACUCAGUUUUUUACGAACACUGCACGACCCACAACUGCAAAAUAGAUAAAAAGGAUGCAACAAUAGUACACAAAGAAAAAAAUUGGUACAAAAGAAAAUUCAAAGAAAGCUACGAAAUUACUAUAGACAAAAAUAAUAUUAACAAGAACCUUAGCAUCGACAUUCAUAAAAACUGGCUUCAAUUGUUAAAAUAA